AUGGAACUUACUCCCUCGCAUGGGGAAGACCUCACCCUCGCCGACUUGAGCGACGAAGCAAGAUUCCCCGGUCUAUGGUAUCGACUGCAUCUGCUCCUGUACGAUCUGCUGUUUUGUCGCGGGGACAGGGGCUCGCAGAGCCGUCUCGGCUUCCGCGAAGGCUUCACUGUCAUCGCUCAAGGCUUGGCACACUUUACCCGAUAUGAACGUGCACAGCUCGAGGAAGUUCUUUCCGGUCUAACGAGAUACAACGCGCAGACGGUCCUGACUCGCAUAGAGCGGCAUUUGAGGAUGCACCUUGCACCGACUGACGUCCUCGACGAUUUUGCGACUGAAUUGGCACGCACUUUGCGCAUCAGACUGAGGCGGACCAUCUUCCGUGCACGUUUUCAGAUGUUUGUUACUGAACAUGGCUUGAGGGGUGGACACCACCCGGGUUGCCAUGAGAUCCUAAAAGAGGAUACAUCAAGCUCGGAAUGCUCGGAGGCUUCCAGUGACUCUGAAGACUUCAGGGGUCCAUAA